AUGCAGCGGUUCUGCGCCUUGCUGCUGCUGGCCUUGGCCGUAGCUCCAGCCUCCUCCUUCCUCCUCUCCUCUUCCUCUCCCCAGCUUCGUGGAAGUGAUUCUCUUCCCGCUGCAUGUGGCAGAGCGAAAGCAGGAGUCUGUGCGCUGAGCAUGCAAGAGGACGGGCAGGGCAAGAGAACCACCGGCUUCAAGGGUCUCUUCGACGGCAUUGCAAGAGAGCUCACUGCUGACACCCGCGUGGUGGGAGAGGAUGGCCAGCCAAGGCUCAAAGCGACGCCAGCACAGAUUAUGGUGCUUUUGACCGCUCAGUUUGGCAUUCCCAUCGCUCUGGUACAGAUUUACAAGGCAGUCACCGCCGCCUCUGGAAACUGA